GAGAAAGCAAACUACUCAAAGCGUCAGAGACAGCACAGGGUCCAUAAAGCAACACUGGCAAACGCCACCGACCACCGCCAUAUUACGCCGCCGAUGUUGCCGGACAUACCGGCUGCGCCACCUCCCCAACCCUAACACCCAUAAUCCUACACACACACACAAAUACACACACUACACUCACAAUGGCACUCCCCAAACACUCCGCGUCGACUCGCGACCUCAAACACCGAGUCCUCACCUGCCUCCACAAGCUCUCCGACCGCGACACCCACUCCGCCGCCGCCAACGAGCUCGAGUCCAUCGCCAAGACACUGACACACGAUUCCAUUCCGCCGUUCAUCUCCUCCAUCUCCGCCACCGACGCCGCCGACAAGUCCCCCGUCCGCAAGCAGUGCGUCCGCCUCAUCUCUCUCCUCUCCCAAACCCAUGGCAACGCUCUCUCCCCUUACCUCUCCAAAAUCCUCUCCGCCGUCGUCCGACGCCUCCGGGACCCAGACUCCGCCGUCCGCUCCGCCUGCGUCGCCGCCACUGCCGCCAUCUCCUCCCACAUCACCAAACCUCCCUUCACGUCCAUCGUAAAGCCGCUGAUCGACUCUCUCGUCACUGAACAGGACCAUAAUUCGCAGAUCGGUGCCGCGCUGUGCCUCGCGUCGGCGAUUGACGCCUCACCGGAUCCGGAACCAUUGUACUUGAAGAAGCUGUUGCCGAGGCUCGAGAAGCUGUUGAAAGCGGAGAAUUUUAAGGCGAAGCCGGCGCUGUUGACGCUCAUCGGCAGUGUGAUCGAAGCUGGUGGCGCUUCGAGUCAUCAAGCAUUGGGGAAUUUGGUGCCGUGUUUGGUUGGGUUUAUCAGCAGUGAGGAUUGGGCGGCGAGGAAGGCAGCGGCGGAGGCGAUGAUUAAGCUGGCAGCGGGGGAGGGGGAUAUGUUGUCAGAGUUCAAAAUAGCUUGCUUGAAAAUUUUUGAGGCAAAAAGAUUUGAUAAGGUGAAGGCUGUUAGGGAGACUAUGAAUCAAAUGGUGGAAGCUUGGAAGGAGAUCCCUGAGGCUUCAGAUGAGGUUUCAGCACCUCAUGAAUCACAGUCUUCUUGCAAAGAGGAUGCUAGUGAUGGGCGCUAUGCACCUGGCUCCAAAACUUCCUGCACUGUUACUUCUGCUGCUCCUCAAAUGAGGAAGACAAACAUGGCAGCUAAUAGAUCUGCUUUACCUGGCGGUUCAAUCACAACAACUGCGAGGAAAAGAGUUCCUUCAGAUAAUAAUGAAAAGAAAACAGGUCCAGCAAUGUUCCGAAAGCUGGACCGGAAGAAGCCUACUGAUUGGAAAAUUGACAUUGCCUCUUGUCAUGCUCCCUCUGCAGUGGCUUGUAUGGAUGAUCCUGAAAUUAGGGAUGAGAAAGUUAUGGAGAAGGGUGAGAAGACGAGAAACAGGAUUAUGAAGCCAGAAACAAAACGGGCUCUCUUCAACAAGAAUGAUGAUGACAGGACAGACAAGUGUGGUGGCUUCAAAGCUGGAUCCCGUGUGGUUCCAUGUCAUGAUGAGAAUUCAGAAUCUACUGUUGUAGUUGGUAAUUUUACUGAAGAUAUUUAUAGGAACCAGAAAGAAAAUGAGGUUCUUUCUUCGAUCCGCAAGCAGCUUGUUCAAAUUGAAGAUCGGCAGUCCAGUUUAUUGGAUGUCCUUCAGAAAUUCAUUGGGAGCUCGCAGAAUGAGAUGCGUUCCUUGGAGACACGCGUGCAUGGUCUAGAGCUAGCACUGGAUGAUAUCUCAUUUGACUUGGCCACAUCAAAAGGAAGGAUGUUGAAUACUGACUCAGAAAGAACCACAUGUUGCAAGCUACCCGGUGCAGAAUUUUUGAGUUCCAGGUUCUGGAGGAAAACAGAUGGAAGAAAUUCGACCUCCUCACGGUUCUUGUCUUCCGGUGGCACCCCAUCAGUGGCUCCAAUACGUAACGUGGCCAAUAAGAAUGGCAUUCCUGAAACAUUUAAGGUGGAGAAUAAAAAAUAUCGGAUCCAUGGUGGUGGUGGCGGUUUUAUUGUGAAUCCUUUAGCUGAGAUUCACAGUGAUUCCCAGGGGAUUGUGGAGGUUUCCUCCGGUAGAGGUUCUAAGAAUGUUCAAUAACGUGUCGUCAGCACAUCAUUGGCCAGUUUUAUAACCAGAUAAGCUGCAUAGACUGAAUCGAAGUUCAAGUUCUCGCUUGCUUCAGUUGGAAAGGAAGAGAAUCAAUCUAUCGAAGUCUGAGCUUGAUCGUGGCGUACAUAGCAGCAGCAGUUCUUUUUAAUGUCAUCUGCUGAAUUAGGGUUUGCAGAUUUAGCCUAGACACAAUUCACCCAAUACCCACAAUCUAAAGUCAUCAUCCCAAUCUCCAGAUUCUUAUUAAAAAGGGUUUUAAAGUAAAAAUAUUGAAAACUACAAGAAGAGAAGAUACUGGUAUUGAUUGAUGUUGAAGGGUGGAUAUGCAUAGAGAAAAAAGUGAUUUUUAUUUUUGGGUGGUAUUCCCUCUAAUUUUUUGUUGUUGGCCUUAUUAUUUGGUUGAUGUGAAAUGAUGCAAAAAGGUUUGUUGAUGGUGUAAUGAGGUUAAAAAUUUAGGUCCCAUGUUGUGAAAGCCACAGUGCAUUAUCAAACUUUGUUACUAAAAGAGUGAAUCAAUGUUGGUGUGUCUGGGACACACAAAUCAUCCCCUUUUGCUUUAUAUAUUGUAUAAAAUUAUAUUUGUUUGCU